UUACAAACGCGAACCUUUGAGCCCAGGAACUUUUUCACCUGCACCUUAACAAAAAAAAAAAAAGAACAAAAGAAAAUGACAGAAUCCGACACUGAUUCUGAAGAAUUUCCUUUCGAUUAUCGAACUACAAACGAUCGAUUUCAAGAAAAGCUACGCGAAGCUCAAGAGAGUGCUGUUAAUCGUCAAAUAGAAGGAGAUCUUGAACAAAAUCAAAACAAUAACGAUCCUUUAGAAGUACAAAGUAGGGUGCUACGAUUACAAGUUAAUGCUGCUGAAAAACAAGUCCAGAAACUGCGCCAGCAGUUGGAAGCACGGAAGAAACGAAGAGAGCACGAGGCAGCCAUUAUGAAAUUGACACCCGAGGAACGUGCAGAUGCUAUGGAAGUGGAUCACGAAAAUAUUGACAAUGAUAUCACUGAUAUGAAAGCUAUAUUCGAUUAUCUCCUCCAUAUUGGAAGUGCACCACUCCCAAAAAAUGCUGCUGAUCUUUCUGGAUCAAGCUUCGUACAACCGCAUGCAGAGAUCCGUGAACAAGCAAUUAACAAUCCGGAGAUGGAUCUUCAAGCCAAGUUUGGCCAGAUGGUAAUCUUGAAAGCAAACAAUACAAUUGUUAAUGCAGCUGAUGACAGCGCCAUACGACGCUGUGAGCUGUCUGGAAACGCUUAUGAUCAAGAAUUCUCGGUUACGUUUGAAGUACUUGAAUCUAAACUUUCAAUUCAAAAACUGGACUUUACUACAAGCAUUGAUCUGGAUGUAGAUGCGGGUCCAUUACUGCACAGUAUCAGAGAAGAACGUAAUCUUCUCGCGUUUUUUCGGUUGUUAAGACAUUAUGCCAAACUGGAGCAUGAACGCAAAACAACGUUCGAAAAACUGCUGGCGGUAUAUGCUAAUCGAUCGGUUUCGGUAGAACAAGUGGAGCUCGAUCAAUUGAAGUUCACAAGCACAAAUGAAAACAAUCCUUUGGUGCUUGUAUUACAGUGGCGAAACUAUUUGCAAGAAAUUGACAGACCUGGUGUUCCUGUGAAUAUAUGCGAUGUUUUGAAACCUGACGUACAAAUGAAGGGAUCAGGUAACUUAAUAUAAGCUGUCGUUAUCAUUCUUGAUAUUCUUAUGUUUAUAGCACAUUUUAUUAAGUAUAUAAGCUUAUUUGUUUAUAACUGUGUAUUAGGUGCUCAAGAGAGCUUAAUGCAGAGUCUGCCUCAUAAUUUCCACCAGCUAAUGAAGAUGAGAGGAGUCUUCCUAGCAACACAGAUCAUUGUAAAUACUGGACUUCAGCCAAAUAAGUCAUGAUCUAGUCACUUACUUGCGCUAUCCCUCUUUUUACUGUAAUAAUAAUGUACAUAGUUAAUAUACUGUAUAUCCAUCCG